CUUUUAUACACCGAUUUUGUUGCCAAAUAGAGCUGUCAUCAGCUUCAAGUCAAUGUCAUCCGAGAAGAAAGCCCCACUACGUUUAUACUCCUUCCUCACAACCCACUUUCAAUCGACUUAAAAAAAGGAUUGGGGAAAUUUCUUUGUCAUUCUCAAGCCACCUCUGUAGCCCUUUUUGUUCAUUGUUUGUCUGCAAAGUUUGGAACUUUGUGUCCGUUGAAGCUGAAAGUUCACAUCUUGAUCGUUCAAAAAUGGGUUCUUGUUUUAGCAAGAAAAACUAUUCUAAAACAGAUGGUAAUAGGUACAAAUCAGGUGUUUCGAAUCCCGGGAAUACUCAUGUAAUUUACGAUAAUCAGCACCAGCAACAUCAGUAUCAGCAGCAACAACAACGUUUUCAGCCUCAAAAGGUCCCUGCCCCUUCCAGUCAAACUCAAAUUCCGCCAACGAGACCGCAAGAACGACAACAGCCACAGCAGCUGCCGCCACAACCACAGCAACCAAUUCCAGCUCCACAAAAGCCAGUACCCAUAAUCACAAGGCAAAUUCAAACGCCGGAGACUAUUCUCGGGAAGCCUUUUGAAAACAUAAGGGAGUACUACACUUUAGGCAAAGAAUUGGGCAGAGGACAAUUUGGGAUCACGUAUUUGUGCACAGAGAAUUCCACCCGUCAUACCUACGCCUGCAAAUCGAUACUGAAGCGAAAACUUGUUAGCAAGAAUGACAGAGAGGACAUCAAGAGAGAAAUUCAGAUUAUGCAGCACUUGUCUGGGCAGGCAAACAUUGUGGAAAUCAGGGGUGCUUAUGAGGACAGACAAUCUGUGCACCUUGUGAUGGAGUUGUGCGCUGGUGGGGAGCUGUUUGAUAAAAUUAUUGCGCAGGGUCACUAUUCGGAAAGGGCUGCAGCUGAUAUUAUUCGUUCUAUUGUGAAAGUGGUCCACCAUUGCCACUUUAUGGGAGUGAUGCACCGUGAUCUCAAGCCUGAGAAUUUCUUGCUGGCUAGCAAGGAUGAGAAUGCCAUGUUGAAGGCCACUGAUUUUGGACUAUCUGUCUUCAUUGAGGAAGGGAAGGUAUACCGUGAUAUAGUAGGCAGUGCCUAUUAUGUUGCUCCUGAGGUACUCCGGCGUAGUUAUGGGAAGGAAAUAGAUAUCUGGAGUGCUGGAGUUAUUCUGUACAUUCUUCUAAGUGGUGUCCCUCCAUUUUGGGCAGAGACUGAGAAAGGGAUAUUUGAUGCCAUUCUGCAAGGAGUUAUUGACUUUGAAAGUCAACCAUGGCCAUCAAUAUCUGACAGUGCUAAAGAUCUAGUCAGAAAGAUGCUAACUCAAGAUCCGAAGAAGCGAAUUACUUCAGCUCAAGUUCUUGUGCAUCCCUGGAUUAGAGAAGGCGGAGAUGCAUCAGACAAGCCAAUAGACAGUGCAGUUCUCUCUAGGAUGAAGCAAUUCCGAACAUCGAACAAACUCAAGAAGCUUGCAUUGAAGGUUAUUGCUGAAAAUUUAUCUGGAGAAGAAAUCAAAGGUCUUAAGGCAAUGUUCACAAACAUGGACACCGACAAGAGUGGUACCAUCACUUAUGAUGAAUUGAAGACUGGUUUGGCUCGACUUGGGUCAAAACUUUCUGAAGCUGAAGUCAAGCAACUCAUGGAAGCUGCUGAUGUGGAUGGAAAUGGGACAAUUGACUACAUUGAAUUUACCUCUGCUACCAUGCAUAGAUAUAGAUUUGAAAGAGAUGAGCAUCUGUAUAAAGCAUUUCAGCACUUUGAUACGGAUAACAGCGGGUACAUAACAAUAGAUGAAUUGGAACACGCCAUGAAGGAACACAAGAUGGGUGAUGAAGCCAACAUUAGGGAUAUAAUUUCAGAGGUUGAUGCAGAUAAUGAUGGGAGGAUCAACUAUGAGGAGUUUUGUGCAAUGAUGAAAAGUGGAACACAGCAGACCGGAGUAUAGCUCGUGUAAUUCCAUUAUGGGAGCUUAACCAUAUCAUCUGAUGGGUGACAGAGAAUUAUUGGGCUCUCAGAGAUGAGGUAUACCAUUAUAGCUCAGUGGAUCUUGAACAGUGUUAUAGUAAGGAGUUUGUUGUCCUCUGCAGCUGAUUUGUGUGGUAGCAGUUCUUUGUUGAUGAACUCGACCAAAAAAUUGCUUGAGACCUCUAAUUUAUGACCUCUAUUUUACCCUUCAAUAAAUGUCGAGUGUUGGAUAUUAAGUGAGUCCUACAUGUAUAUUUAUAAUUAUUGCUAUCACACAUGCCACAUUGGAUUGGGGGUAAAAGGGAGGUCAUGAAUUGAGAGUCUGGAGCAUUGCUCUACACUCGACCCACAAGGUCUUGGCCUCGGAUUGAUGAUGUGUAUAGGUUCUUUCUUUUUUUUCUUUUUUCUGCAGAAGACAUUGAUACAACUUGUUCCAUAUCACCAAAA